UUUUGCCCAAAUGGGGUCACGGAAGUUUGAUUAGUUCUUUAUAUUUUUCUGAAGUGUUUGUUGUAGAGUAUGAUUGAUAUGGAAACAAAGCUUUCCAAUAGAUUUGUGUCAUUUAGGAAAUUAGGAGAAUUGAACAAAUAGAUUAGCCUAUUUAUUAUCUUUUGCGUUCCAAUAGAUUUGUGUCAUUUAGGAAAUUAGGAACCCUAUGAUAUUUGGACAUUUCCAAUUAGGUUAUGUCUAGUGAAUCAUAAAACAUUCGGCAAGGUUAGAUCCCCGGUAAAGUUUAACAUAAAGGAGAAAAAGGGAUGAAUCAUGCUAGUUGUGAUACUGAGAAAACAAGUAUUUUGGGAAAGAAAAAAAGAUAUCCCACAAAGAACUUGUAAUAGGAAAAACACAAAAAAGGGAUAACAAAAUAAAACAAGAAUUUUAGAAAAUGAAGAAAGGAACAAACCACGGGAAGAAAAUACUAAGUUUAGCAAGGGCAUCUGUGUUUGCUUCUUUAGGCAUUGGUGGUACAUGAUGUAUAUACAUAUACACAGAUACAUAUCCUCAGGAUUUAAUGAUAAUGUGUUCUUUAUGCGUCUUACUUCACUAAAGUAUGGUUUCAACUUAAGUGUAAAAGACUGCUAAUUACUUAUACAUAUAAUAUCUAAGUGUAUGUGUUGAAUUUCUUUUCCAAGGUUAGGAAUAGUCCAAGAACAAUUGCGUUAUGUUUGUCGGUUUGAGUCAGCACGAGCCCAGUAAGGCAACUGGGCAAAGUCUGUUACUUUAAAUAGGGCCCAAAAUUAGAUCCAAGUUACAUAUAUACUAUGGAAGGAUGUUUUUUAAGUGUUGUACUAAAAGAUCCAGCCCAAUCCUCAUAUGCCCUUGUUUAUUUAAGAGAAAACGGAAAACCUAAUUGCCUAAAUUUCUUCCUCUCUUCUUCUAGUUUGCUCUGGUUCUCCCUUGUUUUUGCCAAAAUGCCGUUUAGGUUCGCGGGAACAAGUAAGACUAAUGAACCAGAUCAAUCAGAUCCUCAACAACCAAAGUUUGAUCCUACACAACCCAUAUUAUUACAUCCAACACCUCUCAGAAGUGAGCCUUAUAUUCCGCCUACAAUGGAUUUAUCAGAAACCUCAGACUUUGAUGCAGAAGAACAGAUGCAGCAAGUUAUGAUAGUUCUACCAACUCAGUCAGCAAUAGAAGAGAAGAAUAAGAUUUUGGAAACCAAUGAGUCAACAAUUAUUUUGACUGGAGCUGCUGCUGCAUUGGCACAAGGGGGACCAACAGUAGGAUCAGUUGAUAUUGGUGAGAACGAAGACUCAUACUUAUUCCGUGUCUCUAUACCAGGGGCUUUGAAGGAAGACAAAUUUAGUUGUAAUGUUGAUCCUGAUGGGAAAGUAUUAAUACAAGGAGUAACUACGACAGGAGGGAAAAUCGUAUGCAGGGAUUUCCAUGUCUUUAAGAUGAAGACGCAAAAUCUGUGCCCACCAGGUCACUUCUCUGUCUCGAUCCAGCUUCCUGGUCCAGUUGAAAGCGAGCAAAAAAUUGUCUCUCUCGAGAAUGAGGGGAUUUUGGAGGGCAUUGUGAAGAAAAAACUACCAUAAAUAUUCUGCUUUGAGGAGCUUGUAUGCUUUCUUAUGAUGAAGAGGUCUGAAUUGAAUGGAGAAGACUCCAUAUGUUAGGACUUAAGAUGUAGACAAUAAAUAAUUGCCUCUGUUAAGCGGAGGAUGAGGCCUUGGAUACGAGCUAGAGGUGAUAUACAGUACGCUUGCUCGAGCCCAACUAAUAGUGAACUGGGGCUUUGCUAAGCUGUUUGUAUUCACUCAUUUUAAGACUGGAAGCUGUGUUCAUGAGUGGACUAUGUUUUAUUUUCGUUGAAAGUUCUCUCUACUGAGACGAGUUCAUGGUGAAACAGCUGGUAGUUAUCUUGAAACUUACAAGAUAUUUAGCUUUGCUUAUUUUGUGGAAAAUGGUCUCUUAUGGAUUUAUAUUUUUAUGAAGAGUACUUUUGGAGAAAAUUAUAUAUCGUUUGAGUUUACUAAAAGCGCUUUUGAUGAAAUUGCUUUUGGAAUGCAAGAAGCACAUAACUGGUGUUUCUUCCAAUUGCACUCCAAGUGCUUUUGGAACCCAAAAACACUUUCACCAAAAGCGUUUCCAGUUACUUUAAAAGCACUUCCAAAUGUGUGUGUAUGUUUUGGGUGGGUGGGUGGGGUUGACCGUAAGGAGCUGACAUUGGUAGUGGUGCUUAGGUUGUGAUUAACAGCUUGCUGGUCGGAACACCAAACUGCAGGUUUGAACUUUGAAACCCAAUUCAGGCCGUUCAUAAGUUUGUUUUCUUUUCUUUACCUGCCUCUUGGAUAUCUGAAUGAGUGGGCAAGUGUUUUGGUUGUAUUGACCAAAAGAUUUUUUGAAACCUCCUCAUGCAUCUGUGUCCUGUGAAGUUUAUGACCAUCCAACCUUAAUUAAGCAUCUUCACAAAUUUUGGGGUUUAUUCCCAGUUCACAUUUUUCUUAGAUUCUCUGAUGAGAAUUUGUGGCAUCUCUUACUGAGAGUCCUGCUUUCACUGCUGUACUUCCCCUGACCUGCUACUGUUUUGCAUUUCUGCAUCCCUAAUUCAUGUUUAUUAUGUUGCAGAUUAUAAGGAUGCCCACAGCUGUUGUGGUUAGAUGUAGGCUUUCUGGAAAGUUAGGAAGGUUGCUUUGGUUUAGUUGGUGUAUCUUCAAGUCUUUAGCUUUUUUAGUUGUUAUCAAGUGCCUCACUCCCUAAUAUUAACUCUUCAUGUUGUCUUGGGGCAGCAACGUUGUGUGCAAUUUCUUAUCUGAAUUUUAAUGAAUGCCAGUAUUUGAAUUACUUAUGGUUUUGUUUCUGGGAGCAUACAUGUAUAGCUUUUUAAUUUUGUGAGUUACAUGAAUUUUAAAACACCAUGUUCAGUAUUUGGCUCUACAGGUUCCUGCAUUUAAUUUUUUAUUUUUAGAGGUUACUCUGCCAAACUUCUGCCAGCAAAUUCUUGGUUUGUCUCAUACAAGAUAAACUGACACGUAAACUUUUCGAUAUUCUCAGUUAAUGGUUGAAGCAAUUUUGGCAUCGUAAAGUUUGCUUGCCUUCUGGAAUCGCAUAAUUUGUAGAGGUACAAAGUGCAUCUCGUUCAUGUUAGGAAGAUGGACGAGUCCAGAUUUGUGUUGCUUGAGGAUUUUUAAAGGCCUUGUUUGGUGGGCCGGAUUAGGGCAUGAAUCCUGUUCGUUGUUUGCUGGAGUUAAGUGCAGCAUGGAUCGGAUGUGAAUCUUGGAUUCAUAUUCAAAAUGAGUGGGAUUCUGAAACCCAACCUUAGACAUGGGUUUCCACGCCGGUACCCAAACCCCAAUCCAAGCCAGCCCACCGAACAUGCUACUAAAUGAGUAGGUAGGGUCAUGAUUUUGGGAGAAGGUGCCAGUGAAGGCGAUGUUGAAGAUGGGGACGAUGGACAUGAAGCGAAUCCAUGAUGGAUUACAGUAAAAAUUUUCGAACAUCUCAAAACGCAGAUGUUUGAAAGUUGGAUCCAUGAGCAAAAUUACCAGAAUGUAUUAAUUUCCCUUUGUAUUGGUGUAAACACCGAAUUAUGAUGUGAAAAAUGAAGAAAAGAAGUGUAAACUAUCUUCUUCGAUUGGUUUGA